AUGCCGCAAGGUAAAUUAAAAACAAAAAUACAAUUACCAUCAAAUUUUAAAAAGAAAUCAACAAAAAAAAAUGAUCAUGGUAAAAUAUCAAAAACAAAAAUGAAUAAAAAAAAGAAAACUAAUAUGAAUACUGGUAAAACAGGUCUUGAAGCUGUACAACAACGUUUAACAACAGACAUUGCAAAACAUAUUGAACAACAAUGUGCCAGUAAAGUUAAAGCAAAUGAAGGAAAAUCAUUAAAUAUUGUUAAACCUAAUUAA